CCCCGCGGCGCGCGGGGAAGGCCGGGGCGGAGGCGGGAGGCUCAAGGCGGCGGCUGAUGGCUGAGGCCGAGGCUGGGGCUAUGGAGGGGAAGCUGCGGCGGGUUAAUUCAUGGCUAAAGAAAGUGUUUGACAAUCAGCCCAUUCCGCAAUAUGAAGUGAACGCACAGACCAUUGAUAUCUUGUGUAAGCUUGAAGAAUACAGUGAAGCCAGAGACAGAGAUAUUGCUUUCCUGAUAGAAGACAUGGAGCUGAAGGCAGAAGAAUACGAAGCAGAUGCUAACUAUCUAGAGGGCCUUCUCACAGAAGGCCUGGGUCUUUCAUUAUCCAGUCUGUCCAGCGAAGGCACCGCCUACCUCAACACUCUGGUGAACAGCGCAAUGACACUUGAAACGAAGGACACCUCUCUUGCCAGCUUCUUCUCUGCCAUCAACGAUAUGAGUUCCAAGCUGUACGCAACAGAUUCAGAAAACAAAGAAAUGGAACUGGAGUUGACCGAUAUUAAGAAAAAACUAACUGCUGCACUGGUGCUGGAAAAGCAGUUAGAGGAGGAUCUUAAAAAAACAAAGGAACAUCUUGAGGUAGAAAGAGACAAGGCUGAGAGCCGAUCCCAGAACUUGAAGUUCCUGACAGACAAAUCUGAGGAUUUCAGAAUCAGGAUUAAGGCUGCUGAGGAGCAGCUUGCUGCCACAGGGUUGGAUCAAUCAUUGAUGCAUCAGUCACUAGUGAGCAUGUCUGAGAAACUGGCUGAAAUGCAGAAAGAAAUUGUGCUUUUGAAGAAGAAACUCAAGUCCUACCUAGAUUUAACUCCUAAUCCUUCCCUUGUGCAAGUGAAGAUUGAAGAAGUAAAACGAGAACUGAAUGCCGUGGAGGCAGAGUUCGCAAGGCAAAUUGACGUGCUGACUCUUGAGAUGCCAGAACCCAGUAAACACAAGUUCACCUGAAGUGGCUUGAAUGGAAGAUUUCUCUUCCAAAUUUCUAUUUUACUUGCACUAGUUUGGACUUACUGUAUUUCUGCAGCUUUCUGCCUUACUCUUCUUGCUGUUUGAUGGCAUGCUUGUGGCCUCUCAGUAAGUGUAAUCUUUUUGUAAGGGUUCAGGUAGCCAUGCAUUUGUAAAUGUCACUUACUUUUUUCAUAAAAUAACUUGCAAGCUU